AUGGGCAAGGCCCAGGAGAAGCGCGACGCCGCGGAGAAGGCGGCGGCGAAGAAGGCGGAGAAGGACGCGAAGAAGGCGGCGCUCAAGGAGGCGCGCGCGGCCAAGAAGGCGAUCAAGGCGGAGAAGAAGGCCGCCUGCGAGGUCAUCGAGAAGAAGGAGCUGCCGCCGGCGCCGGCGCCCCUCGACGACCCGUCCUGGGACGACGCCGCGCAGGCGUCGCUCGACGGCGCCGUGCGGGCCUUCGGCGCCGCGCUCGAGCUCGCGGCGCGCUGGCGGGCCGUCGGCGACGCCGUCGGCCGGUCGCCGCGCGCGUGCGCGCGGCGCUUCGUCGCGGUCCGCGGCCGCCUCCUCGCGGUCCGCGCCUGGGAGGCCGAGUGCGAGGCGGUGCGCCGCUUCAACGUCGAGGCCGUGACGCUCGACGCGGCGUCCAAGGCCGCCGUCGAGGCCGCGGCGAAGGAGGCCUUCGACGCGCGGCUCCGGCAGUCGGCCGCCGCCGCCGCCGCGGAGACGCGGGGCGCGUCGGACGCCACGGUCGCCGAGGCCAUGGGCGCCGUCUCCAAGGCCGACGACGGCGCCGCCGCGGACCGCCUCGCGGCGAGCGGCGUC